UGCAGGUCCCACAGGCUAUUAAUUAGGGAAGACUAGAUUGUCAUGCUGACGGCUAUGUUUUGGGUUCCCUUUCUAUCUAAACUCCAGAACAGCUGCCUGGAAAAAUAACUUGAUAAACUCCGCAACAUGUAGUGAAACUGUUCUGCUUCCAGACACUGAGACAUGUGAAGCUGAGAAGGCACCAGAGCUACAAAAUCCCAAACAAGAAAGCCGAAGAUUCGCAGAAGAACUGACUGCACGCAGAUUGCAAACUAAUGAAGACUAUUGCAGAAUCUAACUAGGUUAAAUUUCCAGGAACCCGUACAGAGUCGUACCUGACCUCUCUUGGGUGGCUUGAUAUUUUCAUUGCAACAUCAAAAUGAGAACUCUAUUUCUAAUCUUUCUCCUGCUGCUUAUUGCUAUUACUGAGUGGACCACUUGCGCUCAAGAUGAACAUUCCUGUCCUUCUACAUCCCAAAAGAGGAAGAUUCAGAACAGGCGCAGGAGACUAUUAUCGAAAAGUUCCAUGGCAAAGCAACAGAUGACUAAGCCCUCAACCACUCGUAAUCCGGAAUUACACAAGCCUGUCUUCAAUGCAGAUGAUGCCAUAGUGCACGUUAUACAAACAAUUUUAGGUGUUGAUGAGCAAGCUCCAAAUUACAACAUACUACCAGUAAAGAAAGGCCAUUGCACGGUAAAUGGAAUGGUAAUGUUUGACAACGCAGUGUGGUCCCCUAAGCCUUGCGUUACAUGCAUGUGUUCAAGUGGAAAAGAGAUUUGUGAUGAAACCAUCUGCCCUCUUCUAACAUGUCCUAUUACUCUGACUCACGAGGGAGAAUGCUGCCCAGUCUGCAGCAACACCGUUCAUCAUCACCAACCUCUUCAAGGGCCUGAUAGAAUUUUAUGGGAAAAUGUACCUGAAUCUUCUGGGGAUUCUUCAGAACUAAACAACAGCAAUGAUCUGGUUAUUUUGAAGGCCCCAAAAUCACAACAAGAAAUAGAUGAGUUAUUUAAAACAGAGGAAGGAAAAAAUUCUGAAAAAGAAAAAGCAGAAGCAAAAAAACUGAAACAAAAAAAGAAAAAGGGAGACCAAAAACAACCGAAAGAAGAAAAAAGAAAAAAACAGAAAGCCAGAGAGAGAGAAGUUGAAGAUGAAAAAAGAAAAGCAUAUGAAGAAGAGAAAAUGAGAAAAAUAGAAGAAGAAAAGAGAAAGCGAGAAGAGGAGAGGAAGAGGAAUGAAGAGAAGAAAAGAGAAGAAUUAAAUCAGCUGCAGAGGCAAAUACAGAGAGAGAGGGAAGAACAAGAGCAGUACGAGGAAGAUGAUGAUGAUGAUGAUGAAGAAGAAGAGGAAUAUAUUUUGAGAGGUGAUGUUUUCAGGAUCUCACCAAGAUUUCCAGGUUCUCGUCGGCCUGCUGUUAUACAUCACCCUCCAUUGCCCCCAGGUUGUUUUAUCUCAGAAACUACAGUUACCUGUUCCAAUGCUAAACUAAAGCAAAUACCACCUAUAUCCGACCCUGAUGUGAAGAGUAUGGAACUUACAGACAAUGCUAUCACUUCAAUUCCAAAAGAAGCAUUCAAUGGCAUGCCAAACCUGGAAAGGAUUGACCUCAGCAGGAACAGUCUUACAUCCAAUGAACUAGACUCACAAGCAUUUAAGUCACUGAAAACUUUAAAACGUCUGUACUUGGAUGGAAACCUACUGAUCCAUAUGCCUACUGGAUUACCAUCUAGUUUAGAGGAGUUAAAACUGAAUGACAAUAAACUUGAGGGCCUGAAAAAACACAGUAUGGAAGACCUAACAAACCUGGUAACACUGGAACUGGAAGGAAACCAGCUGAGCGAAGGCAAUGUUAGUCCCUUAGCAUUCAAACCAAUGAAACACUUGGCUUACUUGCGCCUAGGAAGGAAUAAAUUCCGGACAAUACCACAGGGACUUCCAGUGUCUAUUGAGGAACUCUACUUAGAGAGAAAUGACAUUGAGGAAAUUGUGGAAACUGCAUUUAAUCAUACAAUAAAUCUCAAUACAGUUGUGUUAAGGCACAACAAGCUUGAAGAAAGCAGAAUAGACCCACUGACUUGGAUCUUCCAUAAGAACCUGGAAUCAAUAGAUCUUUCCUACAACAAAUUUUACCAUGUCCCAUCAUACUUACCAACAUCUUUACUGCACCUUGUGUUAGUAGGCAAUCAGAUUGAACGAAUUCCAGGUUAUGUUUUUGCACACCUUAAUCCAGGACUGGAAUAUCUGUACCUUUCCUUUAACAAAUUAGACAACGAUGGAAUUGACCAAGUUUCUUUCCAUGGAGCAUACCACUCAUUAAGGGAAAUAUUUCUUGAUCACAAUGAAUUACAGAACGUGCCGUUUGGAAUAGAACACAUGACAGACCUUCAUAUUCUAAGGCUUAACAACAACAAAAUCAGAUCUGUGUCUCCAUACUGCAUCUGCAGUGCUGAAGAUGAAGGUGAUUCCAGCAUAGAGCAGCUUCAUCUUGAAAACAACUUGAUCAAUACAAGGGAAAUCUCCCCAUAUGCAUUCUUCUGCAUCAGAUCAUACUCCAGUGUCAUUCUCAAGCCCCAGAAAGUCAAGUGAAAUAUGGCAUUGAAUUUCUACUGAAUAUGGUUUUUGUAGAUGUUAAUAACAGUUAUGGAGUAUGACUCCACUAUGUAAUAAAGUCAUCAUAAUGCACAA